UGUUUAUUGUUUGUGUAUUCUGUGGUAUUGGGUCGCGAGUUCUCGUCGAUGUUUGUUUAGGGGUCGUUGGCUAAAAAGUUUGAGAACCACUGCCCUAGUGGUCCAGAUCAACUGCUCCAUACACAGCAGGACUGGGACCAGAACUGCACUCUAGAUGAGAGUAUGACCCAUCAGGAGAUGGAGAUGAAAGUCAGGAUGAAACUCUGCAUGAUCCACAAGAUGUGGAAAGUGAAAAAAAGAGCAAUGAACAGGCUUGCUGUCCUAUUUGUCAAGAAGAAAUGCCCCUUGACAUCUUGGAAGUUCAUGCCAGUGAAUGUGGGGAAAGAUCUAUGGAUGAUGAAAAUAACAUCACAACUGAGUUGUCAUGUAUGGAUAAUGAAGUGAACGACACUGCUGAGUUUUUAUACGUGGAUAAUGGUACCGAUUGGAAAACCCAUCCGGAUCCAAAAGUAGCUAUGGCUUUGUACAGAAGGGAAAUUCUCAGAUUGCAUGAGACAGCGAAACCUCUUUAAAUGUGUAUGGACUUGAGAACGUGUGCUGAAGAACAGGAAAGGCAACUGAUCAACUUCUACAAGCAAAGAAAUGUAGAGUGGGCCUGUCCUGUCAAAUGUCCACUUGAAGGGGAUGCUGCAGUUGGUGAUGGAGUCACCAGACACUUUUUUUCUACAAUUCUUGAAAAACUGAAGUAUGGUUUCAGUUUGAACUUGGGAAACACAGGAGUUACUUGCCUCUUUGAGGGACAGCCAGACCACUUGGUGCCCUCAUCCUCACAAUUCCUCAUUGAAAGUGACCUCUUCCUAGUAGCGGGGAGAAUGCUAGGUCAUUCUUUUCCGCACGGCGGCCCAUGUCUCGCAGGGCUCAGCAGAGCUUUUGUUCAUGUUCUACUUCAAGGCUCUCAAGAUACUGCCACUUUGCAACUGGAGGACUGCCCAGAUGUUGACAUACGGGAGACCAUCAACUUGCUCAGUGGACAGUCUCCAUUGAAUGAGGACCAGUCUAGUAAAGUCCUGGAUCUUUGUUUGUCUUGGGAUCUUCCUGGUCCAACAGAAGAAAACAGAAGGUGGCUUUACGAACGUCUGCUGUCACAUGCGGUUCUCGGGAGAAGAGUACGCCAAAUCAAGCAACUGAAACGAGGACUGAAAGACACUUGUGUUUGGCCUCGUCUAACUGAGAGGAAGGAUGUGGUAUUCUUUCCCAAGGAAUCGGAGGACUCAUGCACUCCUGAGAUGCUGCUUUCACACAUCUCCUGUCCUAGAGAGAGUGAUGACGAAGAUGAUGAAGAAUACUCAGCUGAUAUAAAGGAACGGAUCACAGGGUAUUUAAAGCAGUUCAUUGAGACAGCAUCCAGCAAGGACUUAAAAAACCUUCUGAAGUUCUGGGUCGGAUGGGAGCAGAUGGAGGCAAAUAUGGCUGUGGAAAUUGUGAAAAGUGAUCUCCCAAAAUCCUCUAGCUGCUUCUGUGUUCUCCGGCUCCCAGGGCACUACAACAGUUUCCAGUCCUUCAACAAGGACUUGAUGAUGUGCAUUGGCACUUGCAAGUAUGGUUUUGGCCCUGUGUAGUUUUUAGACACAUGCACAUGUUACAUUUGUUACACAGUGAUACACACUUUUAUUAAAUGCUGUUACUGCACUUAGGACCAAUGCUUUGUUCAAACCCAGCUUACAGGUUUUUUUCUUUUUCAUUUUUGGGAUUGCUUUGUACAUGAUGCUUGUUGAUCAUGUUGCUAUUUUUUUGAUACGAUGCGAUAAGAUAUAGUACAUUAAGUAAUUGGUUAAUGUUCUGUACACACAGUCACUUAUACUGUCAACUUGUAUCGUUCCACAAUGGUUUUUUUCAUGCAUGGGCUCAUGCAGUGCUAUAGACAUUGUUGUUCCAUAGCUUGUCGGAAUUUGCUAAAUAUCAUUAAGUACUUUAUUCUUUUAAAGUAUUAGAAUUUAUGCAAAAUGUAUAUUUAAACAUGUUCAAUGGAAGUACAGAUAUUCAAAAUAAGUCUAUUCUUGAAUAAAAAAAU